AUGGCGCCGGCCCCCCGAGGCGCCGGUGGCGCCCGUCGCUCCGGCCAUGUCCACAGUAUUAACCCGACCGUGCGCGUCAUGGCUCUGAUCAUUCCGGGUUUCCUCACCCUCAGCGUUGCCUAUGUGCUCUACGCGGUUGCCGACUAUGUUCUCAUGAAGCAAUACUACAACGUUUUUGAAAAGCAUGACGUCGCCAUCGGUCUUGUCGUCACCUACUCCGUCAUUGCCGCACUGAUGGUGCUCACCUACAUCCGCCUCUUUACGACAAUUCAGACCGACCCUGGCGUUGUUGCGUUGGGUCCCGAAUCGGCACGCAACUACCACAACAUCAAAGCCAAAGCGGCCUCGGCCUCGUAUGGAGGGCCACGCGCCCGCGGCGACAUGGCUGCAGCCUGGGCCGACCUCCGUGCUAGUUUCGGCGGCAAGCGGGGCGCCGCUGGCAGCAGGCGGAGCGGCCUGGCCAACAAGACGGCGGCUCUUGGCAGCGACAAUGACAACGUUGACAUCGAGGCCGGCCGCGCCCACACGCAGCGGCAUGGUGGUAUUGGUUCGAAUUAUGAGGACACCAAUGCACCAGUCGUCCGCGAUCCCCGGCUUGAUCCGGACAGCCCCGGACUCGAGACGUUCUAUACAAAAGAUAUGUUUGAGUGUACUGCGGACGGCCGCCCCAUUUGGUGCAGCCCCUGCGGCACGUGGAAGCCGGACCGCGCCCACCACUGCUCGGAAAUCGGCCGUUGCGUCCUCAAGAUGGACCAUUUCUGCCCCUGGGUGGGCGGCAUUGUGUCCGAGACAACAUUUAAACUCUUCAUCCAGUUCACGUUCUACGCAACGCUUCUCUGCGCACUGACUGUCGGCACCUGUGCAGCCGCCAUGUCGGAGCGAAACAAACGCGGCUUGGGCUCGGACGGCCGCACUAUAGCAGCGUUGGCCUUGGCCGCCGUGCUCGGCCUGUUUUCGUUUGGCAUGUUUUUCACGUGCUUUAAUUUCGUGAUGCGCAACCUGACGACUGUUGAAAGCCAUCAACUGAAAGACAGGGUCAAGAUGAUGGCGGUCCGUGUCCGGCAGGGCUCGGCGCCGGUCGUCGGGCGCUACAAUGUCGUCACGUAUCCUCUGCCCAAAGACCCGGAGCUGCUCAGGUACGGACUGACGUAUCAUUCCCCACAAACAGGCGGGGGGGUGAUUCCCAACACGGCGGUCCCGACUGAAACGGCGGCUGCCGCACCCACCGACGAGCCCGACCCAUUCAAGGUCAACCGCGAAGCCCGUGCAGCGCGCCGCCAGGCCCGGGAUGCUCUCGAUGCCCGGGAUCUGCUGGCCUUUCGUUCCUUUGCCAUUGUGCCCGUGCCCAAGGGCAUGCACGUUUGGGACUUGGGCUGGCGCGGCAACUGGGUGUCGGUCAUGGGCGCCAACCCGUUCGGGUGGCUGCUGCCGUUCCGCCGCUCGCCCUGCUGCAACCAUGACUCGACGGUCAGCUACUACAAGAUCAACCCAAAGUUUCUGCAAUACUGCAGAUCUCUCGACUUGCCACCGUGCCAGGAGAUGCACCAGAUGUGA